CUGAAAGUAUUGCUUAAAUAUGAAAGAAAGGCCGUGGAAAAAAGUAGGCUCGUAGUGAAGAAGGAAAUUCCCGGAGGAUCUGUUGCGCGUCGGUUGUGAUGGUGGCGUCUGGCGGCCCUGACUCUACCAUGCCACAAGAGUGAAACUUAAAAAUGGAUACAGGGUUGUUAUCCCUCAAGUGGAACAAUCAUGGAACCACUUUCUUCCAUGUAUUGUCAACUAUUAGAAGAAAGGAAUCAUACUGUGAUGUGACUCUGGCGUGUGAAGGAAAGUUUUAUCCUGUGCACAAGCUGGUGCUUUCCACUUGUAGUGAAUAUUUUGAAGAAAUUUUUAAUAGAACUCAGUGCAAGCAUCCUGUGAUAGUGUUGAAAGAUGUGAAACAUGAGGAGCUCGAAGCUCUACUCAAUUACAUGUACUUAGGGGAAGUGAAUGUGCUGCAGGCAGACUUAGCUGGACUAAUAAAAGCAGCAGAGUGCCUGAAGAUAAAGGGCUUAGCAGUGCCAGAUGAAGCUCCCACAUCCAGAAGUGCCAAUAAGGACAAGCGGAGUGCUAGUAUUAGAGACAUUAGUCCACCACAUUCAAAAAGGGCGAGACAGGAGGAUGGGUCCUCUUUGCAUAACCAAAGCUUUGAGGACUCUAGACCUCCAAGAGAACAUUCAUCCAGAGAGUCUAGGGAGAACACGCGUACAAAUGCAGCUCGGCCUCCCUCUCGUGCCUCAGACGAGGGCUUCUCCAAUACUCCUUUCUCCCAAUCCGGUCCUAGUCAAGACAAUAGUAGAGAAAAGAAGGAUAUGAGAGAACGCCCAUCUGACACAGACAGAGGGAGAGGAGAUAGACAAAAAGACAUGCCACCUGCAUCAUCCCCUAGUCAAAAUGUAGAGGUACUUGUCCACGAUGAAACUAUAGUCAAGACUGAAGUGUUAGAGGAACCAAAAGAGGAAGAGGCAAAUAGUGAAGACAUGAUGAACUCUGACAGUAGUAUAGCAUACAAUCCACUCACUCCUGCCAUGCAAGGUGAUGGUGUGUCUGAAGGUCCGCAGGGUUUUGAGCCACAGGGCCUAACAUCAGGCACACAGCCACAGACAAUGGAGGAGCUUGUUGCACAGGCUAUGCCGGGAACCUCUGGAAUACAGGGAGACUCGAUGGUUGGGUGGGGUGCAGGGCAAGCAGGUGGAGGAGCUGGGGGAGACCUCUCAAGGUUUUCCCUGGAAGCCUUUCAGCUGGACGAUUCACAAAGUGGAUCUCAAGGCUCGACUCAGCAACAGCUGGGCGGUGGAGGCAAGACAACGGUGUGGGCCAGAGCACUGGCUGGUCAUUCCCUCGGGGCCAGUCACCAGUGUACCUUCUGCCCAAAACGAUUCUUCCUGCGAUCUGACUUGACCCGACAUCUACGAACACAUACUGGCGAGAAGCCCUUCAAGUGUCCCUACUGUGAGCACAGCACAGCCAUCAAGUACAACCUCAAGAAGCAUCUCAUCAGUCGUCAUAAUGUCGUUGAGCAAGGCAUUAAUAUGGAGGCUGUUCAAGGACGACAACAGUCAAAUGAAGCAUCAACAUCUGGCACUAGUGGACAGAGUUUCUCUUGGAGCAGUGCAACAGUUCCAACAUUGCCAGCUGUUCUUUCUCUGCUGCAGCGAGAACAUAUGUUAGCAUCUGCACAAGGGCGGAACAAUACAAAUGAAACAACGGAUAAUAUUGCAUCUCUGUCAUGGAGUGGCACAAAAGUUGCACAUUCUUCUGGUUUCCAUCCUCCCAAGGAAUCUGGAAGCAUCCAAGGGAUUGCAUCAAGCACUUGUUCAUCGAUGGAUGCUACUGAUAGUGCUGCUUCUCAGUCUUGGAGCAAUGCUUUAACUCCUCAUCUCCCUACAUAUAAUCCAUCACAAGAACAGGAAAAUUUACCAGGUUCUAGUGUGUGUACAUCACAAGAUACAACCAAUAAUGCAGCAGUCCAAAACUGGAACCCAACAGGAGAUCUAGACAUUCCUGUGUUUCAUCCCCUACAAGACUGUGAUAAUCUUCCCGUCUCCUCAUCUGAUAGAUGCUUGCCGAGUGGCACAAAUGAAAAUGCAGUACCUCAGGCAUGGAACAGUACUACUACUGCACAUCUCGCUGCAAUACAUUCCUCACAGAAUCUUGAAAAUGUAGCAGGAGUUGCAUCUAGUACGUGUCCAUCAAAUGACACUGUGGACAGUGGCACGUCUCAUUCCUCAGGCAGUGACACCGAAUAGUGUGACAGCUAUACUGCUUGACCAGCUGGGCAAGGGGAUGGGAGUUCUGCCUUCGAGGCUGCCGUCGGGGUUGCCACCCGCUGUACCAUCUGGACCGUCAGGAGGAGGACUUCACACUUGCCACUUUUGUUCACGGCCCUUCUUCUUGCGGUCAGACCUAACUCGUCAU